UAGCUUGAAUGGGUGCUGGUUGUGCAAAGCAGUAGGCCAAAGCAGUGGCAAAGUUGGCUAAACGAGAGAACAGCGGAGCGCCUACAAGUAAUGGAUUCCAAAAGGCAGGACUUCACUCCCAUUGGCAGGGCAUUUUUGUUCACAAUUAAUCUUGCUGGAUGGAUCUGGAGUGCAGUGAGCUUUGUUCCUUGGUACUAUUUCAGUGGCAACCACAGCAAAAUGAAGCCUGGCCAGAAACAAGCUAUCAGGACAAGCAGUGGUGCUUGGCGUUGUAUUGGGAAUGCUGAAAAUCUCAUUCAGGAUUAUGAUGGCUUGAAAACCAUAUGUGAUGUUUUUGCAUCUGCAUGCAAGAAAUAUUCAAACAAUAACUGUCUUGGCACACGAGAACUUCUUGCAGAGGAAGAAGAAAUGCAGCCAAAUGGAAGGGUUUUCAAGAAAGUUAUUCUUGGAAAGUACAUUUGGCAGACAUAUGCACAGGUUUCUGAUAAAAUCAAGAAAUUGGGCAGUGGGUUACAAGCUAUAGGACAACAACAAAGACAAAACAUAAUCAUAUUUGCAGAAACUAAAGCUGACUGGUUCAUAACUGCACAAGCUUGCUUUUUGUAUAACUUCCCAGUGGUGACAAUCUAUGCAACAUUGGGUGAUGAUGCCUUGAUAUAUGGAAUAAAUGAAAGUGAAUCAAAUGUUAUUGUGACUGAUUCUCAGCUAAUACCAAAACUAAAGAAUUUGUUUGACCAGCUUCACUUUAUAGACACAAUAAUAUAUUUCGGUGAGGCAAACAAGACCUCACUGAUUGGAUUUCCGGUGGAUGUUAGGUUUCAUUCUUUGAGGGAAAUUGAAGAAUUGGGAGCAAAAGCAGAAAACAUGUCCCUGAAGCCGGAUCCACCACUUCCUAGUGAUGUUGCUGUUAUCAUGUACACUAGUGGCUCCACUGGAAUGCCAAAAGGCGUUUUGAUUUCGCACACAAAUAUCACCAGUACAAUUGCAGCUGUCACCAAAAGAGUCUCUGGAAUGAAUGAUAAGGAUGUGUACAUUGGCUAUUUGCCUCUUGCUCAUGUUCUUGAGCUGUGUGCUGAAUGUGCAGUGACUGCCAGAGGCUGCUCUGUCGGCUACUCGUCAGCCUUAACGCUCUCAGACCAGUCUUCAAAGAUAAAGAAAGGCUCCAAAGGUGAUGUCUCAGUUUUGAAGCCAACAUUGUUAGCAGCUGUGCCAAUGAUCAUGGAUAGAAUAAGAAAGAGUGUUCUUGACAAAGUUAAAGAGGGUCCAUCGUUCUUAAGACUCGUAUUCCACUUCGCAUAUAACUACAAAUUGUGGCAUUUAAAGCAUGGAUACGACACUCCAAUUCUGAAUAGGUUGUUUUUUGCAAAGAUCGCAUCCAUUCUUGGCGGGCGUGUGCGUUGCAUUUUGAGCGGGGGUGCCCCUCUGUCGUCUGAUACAGAAGACUUCAUGAAUGUCUGCUUCUCCUGUCCAGUGGGUCAAGGCUACGGCUUAACAGAAACUACUGGUGGUGGCACAUGUUGUGAAGCUUGGGACUUCACUACUGGAAGAGUGGGACCACCCGUUGGCUCCAGUGAGAUCAAGCUUGUUAGUUGGGAAGAAGGGGGAUAUACUGUGUUUGACAAGCCGAAUCCACGAGGAGAAAUUGCGAUUUCCGGUAAAAAUGUUACGAUGGGCUAUUUUAAGCAACCUGAGAAAACCAAGGAAGUAUUUUGUGUUGAAGAUGGACAAAUGUGGUUUUACACUGGAGAUAUCGGUGAAAUGCACAGCGAUGGCUGUCUCAAAAUUGUUGACCGCAAGAAGGACCUUGUUAAGCUUGCCACUGGGGAAUACGUUUCUCUUGGAAAGAUUGAAAGUGCCCUAAAACAGUGCCCGCACAUUGACAAUUGUUGCGCGUAUGUGGAUGGGGAACAAUAUUUCCCCAUUGUUUUGGUCAUCCCUAACCCAAAGCACCUGAAAACAUUAGCAGCAACUGUGGGAGUCAACACGGAUUCAUUUGAGGUUUUAUGCAGCGAUAAGAAGGUCAAUAAAGCCAUGUUAUCGGCGAUUGAGAGUGUUGCUAAAGGUAAGCUUGAAAAGUACGAGGUUCCAAAGAGAGUGAAGAUUUGCCCUGAACAGUGGACGCCUGAGAGUGAAUUGGUUACAGCUGCAUUCAAGCUAAAAAGGAAGAACAUUUCCAAUUUCUACAAAGACGCUCUGAAGUCGAUGUAUGAAGAAAAGGCCUAAAGACAAAAUACAUCACCAACUUGUUUCUAGUAAUUAGCUUUUUUCGAAUCAGAAAACGCCUAUACAAGCGCACGCCUAUAUGUGUUUUGAGCUGAUUUGUUGUUUCGUUCAAAUUUGAUCGUGUAUUAUGAGUGAUGUGAAAAGUGUACAGUAAUUCUCUGAACUGGCUGUAAGGAUUGGUGAAUUCAUAACAUGCGUAUGCUGAA